CAGGGGCGGACUGACCAUUUGGAAACUCGGGCACCGCCCGAGGGCCCGGGGUCAGUAGGGGGCCCCAUGAGAUGCCCCUGGUACCUUUUUCAUAGGCUUUUUUGAGUUUGGGCAAGGACACAGGGGCCCCAUGAUGCCCUAUUGCCCAGGGGCCCCAUGAGUUGUCAGUCUGCCCCUGAACAGAAGUUGAUUGUUAAGGUUUACACUCAGUGCCCAGCAGUGCAGUUUAUCAGUGCCCAUCAGUGCUGCCUAUCAGUGCUC